AUGCCUCCUGCCAACGCGAACGAAACGUACUGUACGUUUACCUUGGCGUCGGAUGUGACCGCUGGUGGUUUGCCAAGUGAAGAGGAGAUUGCCAAAGACUUGGAGUCCAAUGAUACCGCGGUGAAAAAGCACGCGCUCAAGGCCGCCAUUAUGGCCAUGCUGGGCGGUGAAGCGAUGCCUCGUAUUUUGAUGCAAGUGAUUCGUUUCUGCAUCAACUCGGACGACAAGCAAUUGAAGAAGCUGUGCAUGUUGUACUGGGAAGUCGUGCCCAAGUACCAAGAUUUGACGAACGAAGAAUUACUGUCUGGGCAACCCGUACAACGCAAAAUGCUGCCCGAAAUGCUCCUCGUCUGCAAUGCGCUCAUGAACGAUCUCAAUCAUCCCAACGAAUACGUCCGUGGAAGUAUGCUACGAUUCCUAUGCAAAGUCAAAGACGCCGAAAUUCUAGGACCCCUCAUCCCCUCCAUGAAGGCAUGUCUCGAACACCGUCACGCGUAUGUCCGCAAAAAUGCCGCAUUGGCCAUGUUCCACGCGCAUCGCGUCCACGGAGAAACACUCUUACCGGAUGGACCCGAUCUCAUGGUCUCCUUUCUAGCGGGAGAGACGGAUCUGGCAUCGAGACGCAAUGCCUUUCUCAUGCUUUUCAACGAACAGGAAGAACUCGCCAUUGAAUUUCUGGCUCAUCAUUUGGCGGAUGUCCCUUCGUAUGGAGAUGGAUUUGCCUUGCUCGUUUUGGAACUCACCCGUCGAGUCUGUCGUCGAGAUCCUACACAAAAAUCACGAUUUGUCCGAGUCUUGUUCCAAAUGCUCAGUUCUCCCAGUCCUGCCGUGUCCUACGAAGCGGCAUGGACACUGGUGUCGCUGUCGAGUGCCCCCACGGCGGUUCGAGCAGCUGCAUUGACGUACACUACUCUACUCAAUGGACAUCAAAACGACAACAAUGUCAAAAUGAUUGUACUCGAACGACUCGAAGGACUCAAACACAAGGGACACGCCAAAAUCUUGCAAGAACUGCUCAUGGACGUACUCCGCGCAUUGUCGUCGCCCAAUCCCGAUAUUUGUCAAAAAGUCAUUCAAGUUGCCAUGGAUGUCGUCACGGCACGCAAUGUCAAUGAUGUUGUUGGUAUUUUGAAAAAGGAAGUACAAAAGACACUCCAGGAAUCCGACAAUAAUACCGCACACGAUUUUGGAGCCAGUGGCAAGGGAGCCGUCUAUCGACAAAUGCUCAUUCGGGCCAUUCAUUCCUGUGCCGUCAAAUUUCCGCAAGUGGCCGAAUCGGUUGUGCAUACACUCAUGGAUCUACUCUCGGCGGCAGGAGCCGAUGGAUCCAAUGAUGGUGGAACUGGCAUGCAAGUGGCGAUCUUUGUACGAGCCAUUGUCGAACAAUAUCCCGAUUUGCGUUUGGGGCUCUUGCAAAAGUUGUUGCAGAAUUUGGAUGAAAUCGCAUCGAACGAUGUACUCUGUGUCUGCUGUUGGAUUUUGGGUGAAUACAGUGAACAAAAGGAUGGGAUGAUUACCGAAUCGUUCGAUACCAUUGCCGAACAACUUGGAGAACCACCAUUUGUGCUCAUGGCAGCUUCCGACGACGCCAACAACAAUGCCAGUGGUACCGACGGUGACACACCCAAGUUGGUGACCAAAAAUGUCGUCUUGAGUGAUGGAACCUACGCCACCCAGACAGUCUACUCGGAAACCACCAAAUCCUCGUCCGCACUCGACAAGACACCGGCACUGCGCAAAAUGAUUGCUGCCGGAGAUGUCUUUUUGGGAGAAAUUCUUGCCGCCGCAUUGACCAAGUUGUGUCUGCGGGCCAAACAAUCCGAGGGAUUCGAUCCCGUCGCGCUCAAGAACAUGACCGUCAAGACAUGUCUCAUUCUCUGUGGAUUGGUCAAAAUGGCCGAAGUCACCGUGUCGGCGCAACGUUCCAGUUGGAUGGAUUGUCAGGAACGAUUGACGCUCUGUGCGCGUGCAUUGCUCGACCCCAAGGCCGAAGAGCUCUUGAGCAAGACUUUUUUGGAAGAUGGCAAGGCUCGAUUUGGCGAAUUCCUCAAGGAGCUCAAGGAAAAGGAGAAGGAUGCCCUCAAGGAACUCGAGACGGAAGAAGACAAGGAGGCUGCCAACAAACCCAAAUCGCAAGCCGACGAUCUGAUCCACUUUCGACAAUUGCGUAGCAUAUCCACCCUGGGCGGCGGAGAAAUGGUGGAUCUGGACGAUGGGGGUGAUCUGGCACGAGCCACGGGAUAUGACAAUGCGGGUAAUAUGUUGUCGCAAGAGCUGUCGCACGUCUAUCAGUUGAGUGGCUUUGCCGAUCCUGUCUAUGCCGAAGCCUUGGUGACGGUGCAUGACUACGAUAUCGUGUUGGAGAUUCUCGUCAUGAACCGCACUCCCAACACCUUGGCCAACUUGACAGUGGAGUUGUCCACCAUGGGUGACAUGAAGAUUGUCGAACGUCCUCAGGCACACACUAUUGGACCGCUGGAUCAAAUGACGAUUCGUGCCAGUAUCAAGGUCAGCUCCACCGAGACGGGUCACAUUUUUGGAACCAUUGUGUAUGAAGAUACGGCCAGCGGUGAAAAGAAGUAUAUUCAUCUCAACGAUAUUCACAUGGAUAUCAUGGACUACAUUCGUCCUGCCACCACCACCGAUGAGAUGUUCCGCAACAUGUGGGCCGAAUUCGAAUGGGAGAACAAGGUAGCCAUUUCAACCUCCAUCACCAGUCUCUUGGAGUUUUUGAGCCACAUUGUCAAGUCCACCAAUAUGCGCUGUCUAACCCCACACGACGAGAACGAGAAGGGCUCUUUCCUAGCUGCCAACUUGUAUGCUCGAAGUGUCUUUGGUGAAGAUGCCCUGGUUAAUGUGUCAGUAGAGAAGAAGGACGACAAUGACGGCAAGUUGGCAGGUUACAUCCGUAUCCGAUCAAAAACACAAGGAAUUGCUCUGAGUCUGGGAGACAGAAUUACCUCAGUUCAGCGAGGGUUGUCGGAGGCCAAGUAA